UACAGUAAAAGAAGAGGAGAAAGAGGAGGAUGCAGUUUUUGGAGUGAAAGAGGAGGAGGAGGAGAUGGCUGUCACAUCCAGAAAGGCGGAGGAAGAAGAUGAGGUUACGGGAUAUCUGGGCCCGGUUUCCCAAACACAUCUUAAGGCAUCCAAUGGUAACGAUGAACUUAGCCAUAAAAUGGUUUUGGGAAACCGGUCCCUGAUUAACACUAGAGAGCGAGAUGACGAUCGUGGAUCCUCUGGGGAGCCUCAACAACAUCAUGAAGCUGAAGAGGCAGAGGAGAGUUUUUCCACAUCAGAACAUCUCAAGAAACAGAAGCGGAAACACACAGGGAAGAAACCUCACCGCUGUUCUGACUGUAACCAGAUCGUGACUACAACUAAGUUACUAAGUCUUUAA